AGGAAGCGCAGAAUAUGCGUACUGGGGAGCAGGCAAGUCGGCAAAUCCGCCCUAGUGGUCCAAUACGUCGAGCACCAUUUCCUGCCCAAGUACUACCCCACCAUCGAGUCCACCUUCCACGCACCCCUGCAGUAUCACUCCCACCCUUAUUUGCUGGAGAUCGUCGACACUGCAGGGCAGGACGAGUACAGCAUGCUCGCUUCGCGCUAUGCGAUUGGCGUGCACGGGUUUGUCCUCGUGUACAGCGUCGCGAGCCGCCCGAGCUUCGAAAUGAUACGCGGACUGCAUGACAAGAUCAUGGCGUAUUACGGCGAGAGGGCUGAGGUACCGUGCGUCAUAGUCGGCCAGAAGCAGGACUUGGUCGAGCAGAAACUAGCCACACGUCAAGUGACACCCCAAGAAGGGCAAGCCCUAGCCAAAGAGAUCCACGCAUCGUGGAUCGAGACCUCCGCCUGCUCGAACCUCAACGUCUCCAAAGUCUUCGACAUGCUGCUCGAGGAUGUCGAGCGC